AUGGAAACAAAACGCGAUUUACAUCUACUCUUCUUGUACGAGUUUAAAUUAAAUCAUACCGCAGCUCAAGCUUCAAGAAAUAUUAAUCAGGCAUUCGGAGAUGGAUUCACCAAUGAAAAAAAUGCUCGAUAUUGGUUCCAAAAAUUUCGUUCUGGAACUAGUCAUACAGCUGUGUUAAAACAUUUGCGUGCAAUAAAUAAAGUCAGAAAAUUGGACUUAUAUGUGCUGUACGAAUUGACGCAACUGCAGAUGAUCGACUCCAAAAGCAAGUGCGCAUCUUUGUUGCUUCGCAAUACACGAUUGACAUUUUUACAACAAAUCAUCACUUGUGAUGAAAAGUGGAUUUUGUAUGAUAAUCGAAAACGAUCAAGCCAAUGGGUAGAUAAGAAUACACCUCCAGGACACACCUCGAAACCGAAAUUUCAUAAAAAAAAAAUUAUGGUCACCAUAUGGUGGAGUGCCCAAGGAGUGAUCCAUUAUUCCUUUCUACAACCAGGCGAAACUAUAACAGCGAUGUCUUAUUGUCGUGAAAUUGAUGUCAUGCACGAGAAACUUAUGAAAAAACAACCAGCAUUGCUCAAUCGGCACGGUGCAAUAUUACUGCAUGAUAACGCACGACCACAUAAAGCUUCAAUUAUUGUUGACAAAUUAACUUCUCUACAAUAUGAAAUUUUACCACAUCGUCCAUAUUCACCCGAUAUUUCACCGACCGAUUAUUACUUUUUUCAUAUAUAUGAUUUGCCCAAUCGUUGGCAAAAAGUCGUAGAUGCCAAUGGAAAUUAUUUCAAUUGA